AUGCCAUUUCAGAAAGCAAUCCUCUAUCUAUUCCCGUCAUACUGAACUGCACUUUGAGCUGACAUUACCCAACUCGUAUUCAUAAUGGGCACCCGUAAAGGCUGCUAUCAGUGCAACAAGCGCCGGAUUGUCUGCGACAUGGGUGAGCCACGGUGCUUGAAAUGUACUAACAAGGGACUCGAGUGCUCCGGAAACGGCCUACGUUACCGCUUCAAUGAUGGCAUCGCAUCGCGGGGAAAGCUUAGGGGUCUUUCCAACCCGAUAGAUCAAGCCUGUCCGCCGUCCACUACAAACCGAUCGUCUCCAAGAAAACAAUCUCGAAAAGAUACGAUAAUCGCUCCAAAGUCCUGCCGCGCCUCAAAGGGCGUGAUUCACCGCUCUAUCUCAGAUAACAAAUAUGAAGUAGGCGUACUUCCAUGCUUAGAGUCAAUAGACAGCAACACUCGAUUAUUGUUAGACUAUUUUUCCAUAAAUAUGGCACCGGGCAUGGUGGUGCUGGAUAGCAAGAAUAACGGUUACCGUAAUCUUAUUCUUCCUUUUGCGGUACAAGAUAAGCUGGUUAGGCAAGCAGUAAUGAGCAUUGCUGGCCUCCAGUUCGCUCGCACCUGCCCUGAAAUGCAUCCCGCGGCGGAGCUUAGUCGCGCCCAAGUCAUCAAACAGUUGAUGCAAUCUUCAAUAUCUUCAGCUCCAGAGCAAGUAUUCAACAUCUCAUCUUGGAUGACUGUACUUGUACUCCUUAUUGGAGAACUAGCUCUCGGCGGGGAUCAUUACUCGUAUCUCCUGCGAAUGAUGCGUUCUAUUAAAGACCAUGGAGUAGUUGAUCCCAACCCGGAACUGGUGCGCUUCUUGACCCUAGAAACAAAUAUGAUUUCAUACCUUGCCCGGCCUUUUGUUGACGAUUCAAGCGAUGUGGAAAACAUGGAGUCUGAGAGGAGCUUACGAAGCUUGCUUAUGGAAUCCCAAGGUCCUAAAUACAACAACGCCGAUCGGGAGAUACUCAACAUCGUCACAGAAGCAGCCCAAGUCUGUUACGAAAUAUGCAAAGACUGUAACUUACCACAGCGACGAGAGAGGAAUUCAAACCUGCAGCAUCUAAAAAGACUUGUAUCCCGAGUCCUCCCGUGUACUGCUGGUGGCAAUUCAAUGGUAUGGGUAUAUUUCAUUGGAGCAGCGGAUAGCGAAAGCUUUGAGGAUCAGAGCUUUUUCAUUGGCUGUCUCAUUGACAUCUACAACUAUACAGGGUGGGAAAAUAUAGCGAGGGGAAUUUCCAUGCUGGAACAAAUCUGGCAGCGCCCACCCGGACGCUCAUGGCGCUAUAUUUUACCUCAGUUGUCCACAGCUUUCGUCAUGUAGACAAUUUAGAAAUGAGAUCACUCUUCCACAAGCCUGG